AUGGAGUUCACUGAAUUGUAUCGGGUUCGGAAGCUGUCCAGGAGAUCAGUGCAAUGGGAGAAUCAGAAGCGUGUGUUGGAGUCGAAGCAACCGAUGGACGUGCAACAGUUGCAAAGGGAAAAACGUGAGCUGACCAUGCAACUGGAUCGAGAACAGAACGAAAAGCAGGAACUUUUCUUACAGAUCAACACGCUCAUUGCUCAAGUGGCUGAAUCAAGCCGAGAUGCAGCCGAUCAGCAAACCAGUGCCGUUUUGCAAGCUGAAAAUGAUUCGUUGAAAACGCAGUUGGCCAAUAUACAGAAGAUUCAAACACAACUGAACAAUGAUGUUCACAGUUUGCAAGAGGAAUUGCGCAGGAAAUCUCUUGAGAUGGACUCGGCCAAAGAAGAUGCCAAACAACGGUUGGCGUUCGUUGAAGAGGAGAAGUCGAAACUUCAAGAGAACGUCGAGACACUGCAACAAGAUCUCGAAAUGAAAGCAGCCGCUUUGCAAAGUAUAAAGCUCGCUAAGCAGGUAACGCGUUUGAAUAAGUUUUAUCAUGUAAAAGCAAAUGAUUUUGUAUACGUGUUCAGUUUUGACAUCAUGUCUCGUUCUGAUCUGCGUUAG